AUGGCCUAUGAUCAUGAUUGUCUUACUGCAGUCAGUAUAUCAAGAGAGAGAGUUAAGAAGAAGAUGAGAGGAUUUCUGGGCCAAUUACAGAGUUCAAUAAAAGAUAACAACAGCUCAUCUGUUUCAGAGAAGAUAGAGAAAGAUGAUUUCAAGAUUGUGGUGUUCUCUAAUGAGAACAAUAAGAAGAACAAUAAGAUGAAUGAUGAUUGGAUUAUUGAUGUCUUGUAA